CUUUCAACCGAGGAGACCCGUCGAUCGGUUCCGUGCAGAGCUCUGCGGACCGGAGCGCGCGCAGCUGCAGCUCUGCUCCCCGGGCGGAUGCAGGACCAUGGAGGAGAGAGACAGGUCGCCAGCAGCGUCAAGGCGAGCCUGUCCCUCUCUCCAUCUGGUCCGGGGCGGGUGGGCAACGGCGGGGGCUCGCCCACAUCAAAGAUGGGCUACUGCGGAGGGGUCCCGGUGGAGGACAUGCAGGCCCUGGCCAUCACCUCCCUGUCGGCAGCCGACGUAGCCAAACAAUACGAGCACAUCCGUGAGCUGGGGAAGGGCACGUACGGCAAGGUGGACCUGGUGGCCCACCGGACUCAGGGCACCAAAAUGGCGCUCAAGUUUGUCACCAAGAACAAGACGAAGCUCAGGAGCUUCGUGCGGGAGUACAGCCUCACGGGCUCGCUCAGCUGCAGCCCGUUCAUCAUCAAGGUCCUGGACGUCCUCUUUGAGACGGAGGACAGCUAUGUGUUCGGACAGGAGUACGCCCCCGCCGGGGACCUCUUCGACAUCAUCCCCCCACAGGUGGGUCUUCCCGAGGAAAUGGUCAAGCGCUGCAUGCAGCAGCUGGGCCUGGCCCUGGACUUCAUGCACAGUAAGAGCCUGGUGCAUCGGGACGUGAAGCCGGAGAACGUGCUCCUAUUUGACCGCGAGUGCCGGCGCAUCAAGCUGGCUGACUUUGGUAUGACGAGACGCGUGGGAUGCCGCGUGAAACGGGUGAGUGGGACCAUCCCCUACACGGCGCCGGAGGUGUGCCGCGCGAGCCGCGCCGAGGGUUUCCUCGUGACCACCGGUCUGGAUGUUUGGGCCUUUGGCGUUCUGAUCUUCUGUAUGCUGACAGGCAACUUCCCCUGGGAGGCGGCGCUGGCGGCCGACGCCUUCUAUGAGGAGUUUUGUCGCUGGCAGAAAGCGGGGUGCCCCGCGGGGACCUACCCGUCUCAGUGGCGGCGCUUCACCGACGACGCCUUGCGCAUGUUUCAGCGGCUGCUUUCUCCCGAGCCGGAGAAACGCUGCGGCGUCAAGGACGUCUUCUGCUUCGUCAAGUACGAGCUGGUGAGCGAGCUGCGGCGCCGAGCCUCCUGCCGGGCCAAGAGAGGCGAGCGGUCGAGCUCGGGAGCGUGCGCCGGCUCUUGCACUUCCUCCGCGACCUCCACUUCCUCACGACCCUCGCACAGACACCCCGAGCCCUCCACGCCUCCGGGGACAUCCUGCCUGCGCCCGGCGCCGCUCAAACGCAGCGUGCUGUCCGACCCGCUGUCUCCCAGAGAGGAGUCUGGACAACACCAGGCUCCGGGCCGAGACAAGAACAAAAGCCAGAUGGUGAUGGCGACCGCCAUCGAGAUCUGCGUGUGACCGCGCGAGCGUGAGCGGUGGAGACCGGACGGCUUUUCACAGCGAGAAGAAGCCGUGAAGAGGCGUCACUGGAAGAGAAUACGCCCCCUUUAACCACGAUAGAGAAGCUCAGGAUCACAUCCCCAGCUGUGGAAAUGGACGCCAUCAAUUAGCAGCACAUACUUGGACAGCGUGCCACUGGCACACGCCGCUUGGGCUGCUUCCAGAGCUGAGGAGCUGCUCCAGAGCCCCGUGAUGUCGCUGCCCUCAGGCUCCUCCUGCCAUCCACACACGUGUGUUCUGCCCAUCCAGACGUGUG